GCCUAUCUGUAGAAUGACAUGGAGGAAAUGUGGAAAUAUACAAAAGCUGACCUAAUGCCAGCAUUCCAUUUCUAUCUAAAUGGGGAAAAGGUAGGUGGCAUUCGUGAAUCUAAGAAGUUGCAAGAUAUUUUUGCAGAUCUCUACAGGAAUGUCGUCCCGGUCGAAGCCACUCAACCUAUGGGUUCAUCUGGGAUGGGGGAAAGGAGAGCUGAAAAACUUGUCAUACAAGCUAAGAAAGAUGAGAAUGACAAAGGAAGUGUGAGGGCAUUAUCACAAUGGAGACGUGCUGCAACACUGUCACAACUGAGAGGUGCUGAAUCCUUGGCACAAGGGAGUGGUGGCCUUGUUGAGGCAGUUGAGAGCAGUACUGCACCUUCACUUGAUGAAGUGAUGCAGGCUGUCGAAUCUUUACCUGGGGGAUGUGCCAAAAGUAUUUUGUGGUGGUUUGCAAGAGGGCUAUUUAAAUAUCAACCUAAGAAGAGAGUGAUGUUUUCAAAAGUGCAAGGUCCUUACUUCAAGGUUGCUUGGCUUAUGCAUGAAAUGGCCGAGGAAUAAGUUGGAUCGGUGCACGUCAAUUAUGAAUUAUAUUAUGCUGUUGUUGACAUUAUGGUUUGGACUUGUGCGGUGGUUUAAAAUUUGGAUCGAAUACCUUAUGUUGUACAAUUACUUGGAUAAUUG